AUGACUGCAGGAGCUGGGCCCUCGCUGGAAGCUCAGUCCUUUGCCUUCUCCCAGAUAUUAACCACUCCUGAGCCCUGGCUGCCCGAGGCCUGCGUGGCAGUGCCCCAAUCUGGCCUCAUUUUCCUGGUCUUCCACCCAACAGGCCUGAGGGCACCACGGGGGCAAGCCCAUAUAACUCCAGAAGAGAGGAUUGAUGCCAUUCACCGAAAGGAAAGCGUGAGGGCUAUGACAGAGACUUUAUACGUUGCUAUUUUUGGAUAUGAUGAGGGAAUCUUGUCGGACGAUGGGUUGCUGGCGGCCGCCCUGUGGAGGAACAUGUUCAACCGUCAGUGCGAGGACCCCAGGCAACUGGAGCUCAUGCUGGAUUAUGUCCACAAACAGAUGCAGUUCAUCGAAACUCUGGACGGGGGGGACCUGUUACUGACAGGGGAGGUAAAGUGGCGUCCCCUCCUGGAGGAGAAUGCACAGAGCAUCCUAAAGGUCCCCAGCUCCACCUACAAUGACGCUGGGCUCUGA